AUGGACGACGGAAAAGCCCAACAGUUCCUUGUCAACAAGCUUUUAGAACAGAAAGGCAUCAUCUUCACUGAGUAUAAUGACAUUCAACUAAAGCUAUUUGAUGUGGAUUCAACUUUGUCUCCUAAUGAGUUUGAUAGACUUGCAAGGAAAUUGGAUCCUCAAAGUAAAAUUCUACUUUGCGAGAAAGUGAAACUCAUAUAUGGUUUCAACUCACUUACUCCUUUCAUUGUUAGACUGAUCCAUAUCCUGAACUUUUCCACCUUCUUCUCAAUAUUUGAUAUCACCUCGAAUAUCAAACUUUACGGAUUCUACAGUUUGAAUUAUACUAAUCCUGUCGAAAUCCUUGUCAAACAGAUUCGUCAUGAUCUCUUCAUUGUCAAAUCCUUCAAGGAGUUUACCAUCCAAGAGAUGAAGAAAGAGCAUGAUUUCCAUCUUCCUUACAAGGAGUUUAAGAGAUUGAAUUUGAAUGAUGGAAAUUUGGUUGUUGUUAAGAUAUUGUUCAAAAAUGAACAGAAACCUAUAGAUUUGGCUCUCAUUAAGCCUUUGCUACCCCGAAUCGAAUUGUUACAUCUUUCUCUUGAAAGUGAAGCCAAAUUAAAGCCAUUCAAUGAUUUAAUUGAUCAGUAUGGAACUAACUUGAAAUACUUAAAGUUUGGUGUUAAUCGGGGUACUUUCAAGAAGAUACCCAUCCGAAACUCGAUUGAUGUGAUGAAGUUGGUCAACAUUGACAACUUGAAUUUCAUCAAUGACUUGAAGAACUGUCAGUCUUUGGACGUAUUCUUCGAUAACUGGGAGUUACGCAAGAAUUGUGAUAUCAAAUUUCAGCAGAACUUCAUCAUCAAGUUUGACGUUAAACAGAGGAUUCAAAAUUUGAGAACAUUGAAUAUAUUCCACACAUAUCUGGACUCUAAGGAUUUGAACAAGUUGAAAUUAUUUCCUAACUUGACCUAUUCGAAGAUCAGUUACGUUAUCUUGGAUAAUGAUGGGUUCGACAUGAGUGAAUGCAAAAAAUUGCAGGAGUUGAAGAUUCACUUCACCUACCAGAAGGCCGUAGAGGAGCCUGAUAAUGGAGAGGAUGUUGCCUCUAGAAUUCAGUGGCCUCCAAACGCCAAGAAGCUUUCUAUUACUAUCCACAAUAUCAAAAACUUGGAUCAGAAUUUUAGUAUUCGCUUGAAUAUUCUCAAAAAGAUUGCCAAACCCUUACCACCAUCUAUUGUUGACUUGUGCAUUGAUAUCAGCUACGACACCGGUGGCUCAGGACCCGAGUUAUACUCAAUCUCUAGAGACGAUAUUCUCAAGAUAUCGAUGUUAAUAAACCAAAUUCUGACGAGUAACUUGGAGAAUUUGAAGUUGAAAGGUAUUUCCCGUUACAACUACAAAAUUGGGAAGCCUUUGAUCUUUUCGGCUAUAAACUUUCCUCCUUCUUUGAAACUUCUUUCAUUGAAUGACUUCAUUUUGGAUUACAACUUCAUCAAUUUGCCCAAACUUAAAAAGCUUUAUUUUGAGCACUCUCUGUUCGAUUUGGACUUUCGUUUACCAGAUUCCGAUGAGAUUCUGAUUGAAAAGUGUACGUUUAAAGACUUAGCUCACUUGCCUGCGAACUCAAGUAAAAUUGAGUUUAAGAUGUGUACUUUCCGCAAGAUCCCAACAUACAAUGGAGAUGUUUCUAACGUUGUUAUUAAUAACUGCAGAGUUAUGGAGCAGCCUACUAACAAUAUUUUCAAGUUCCAACAGCAGCUUCAAACGAGUCGUGAAGAUCAGAAUGGUUCUGAGCAAAGGCAGUCUUUGAAUCAGCGUCGUGGUCAAAAAUCCGGCCGUCAGAAUGGUCAGCCGCAGAAGGCAAUUUCCAACUCCGUUACGCUGUCCGCAUCGUCCUCGAUGGAAGAUGCUCAUCAGCGGCGGCGGCCACAACGGCAGCAACAACAGCAGCAACAGCAACGCGAGACGAUUCCUAGGCAUUCCGGGAUGCAUCAUCAUCUUCGUCAGAAAGCUGCCCCGCUGCCCCAGCAAGCAUCAAUGUUUGCUUCUACGUUUACUUUUCACCCAUCUCAGCAGUCUCAGCAGUCUCAGCGGGCUCAACAGGCUCAGCAGCCUGUGCAACAGUUCCAAAUGUUUCCAUCUUCCUCUCUGGGCAAUAUGACAAAUCCUCCUAAUGCAGUGCCCGCAAUGAAACCUUCUUCGUCUGUCAACCAGAUUAUGGGUCCACAUCAACCUGAUAUGAACUUUGCAGGUUACGACUAUCUUGGAGGUUCUUCGCAGUUUUCGAAUUUUAUCGAUAAGGAUUUGGAAAUGCAACUCAAUGGUUUAUCUCUUGACAAUUCAUCCUCCUAUCUAGGUGCGCGCGGAUCUCCAUUUGGAAGAAAUGCGCAAGAACAGCACGUUAGCAGUCCCCCACUCAACUCUCUGGCGAUGUCCAAUUCUUCCUCUAAUCAGCAGGCGCAGCGUUCUGUCCGCCCUAAUGAACAACUAAUGCCUCAGUUUUCCGGUUCUGGUUCUGUCGGUCCUGUGUCUGGUGCCUAUUCAGGUAUGCUGCUCCAGUUUGCGCCGUCCGCUCUUUCUUCUAUUCAGAAAGAAACAGCCCCUAUACCUUCCUCCGGAUAUGGAAUUCCUUCAUCAGCUUAUGAGAAAACAUUUAUGGCUUCUUCCACCAAGAGCAAUGAUGGCAUUGGAUAUUUCGUUAAUGGAGCUGUUUCUCAAGAUUAUGCUACUCAGCACUCACCACAGGUGGUGCCUGUACAGCAAAGAGUGGCUGUUCCAAUGCAAGGGCAGCCUUUGAACAAUUCAAAUUUCAUACCUUCCAAUGAGCAGGCUUUCGUCGAGAUGAUGAACGCAGAGAUGAACCGCGCUAAUUCCAACGGUGUCUCUGAUUCGUUUUAG